CCAAUAGUAGGCUGUUAUUAAUACAGGAGGCACCACCCUUUUUUUGCAAACUGAGGAUAACUAGAAGCUAAACAUUGAGUCCGGCAUCACUGCUACUGAAAAGACAGGUCAGAAUGUCACGCCGAUCUCCAAUCCCACUGCUUUUGGCACUGGCCCUUACAGUGACGCUGAUGAUAUCGCAAACCCUUGCAGAUACUGAGCUCCCCUGCCCACCGAACCAGCAGUUCUAUGAUUGCAAGCCCUGCCCGAAGCUUUGUGGGGACAAACCCGUUUAUUGCCUCGAGAUCUGUGAACCCGGCUGUUCCUGCAGUCCUGGAUAUGUGAAGCAGACCGAUGACUCCACUGAGUGUAUCCCAAAAGAAGAAUGUAUCACCUGCCAAGGGUUGCAAGUCUAUUCAGAAUGCAUGGGGCACUGCCCACCUAGCUGUGAGGAUAAGCCAUGCACUUUAAUGUGCCAGCCUGGGUGCAUCUGCAAAGAAGGAUAUUUGUGGCACAAUGGAGAGUGUAUCCCUGAGUCACAGUGUCCUAAUAAACAGUAACAGUGAUCUCAAUAUAAGCUGGGCAGGAACAUGCCAAAUGUAUGUUGUGUUGGUUGCCAUUUUGCAAUAAACUGCUUUAUUUACUAAA